AUGGACUUGCCUACCAGCUAUACCAAGCAGCCACCUCACUUCUUAUCUGUCUAUCAGAUGGCCUCAAAGGACACUUCUCCGGCCCUCGCAUUGGUCUCCCUGAUGCUGCACUUUGGCUGGACGUGGGUGGGACUGGCAAUCCCGGAUCACCAGAAGGGUGUGGUGUUUCUGUCCCAUUUGAGAGCAGAGAUGCAGGAGCAUGGGCUUUGCCUAGCCUUUGUGGAGCUGAUCCCAGUGAACAACUGCUUUGUUCCCUCAGUAGAUUUAAAACAGCCAACCCACAUCAUGAUGUCCUCAGCCAAUGUGGUUGUUCUGUUCAGUGACAAGGCAUUAUUUAUUAAGCUAAUCUUGGUGCUGACAAGGACGCUGCAAUACUGUCCCCUAAAAGCCUCCCUGAAGUGGCUGUCCUGGCAAGAUUUUGACAUGACAAUGAGCGAAGGGAGCUACCACAUAUACAAUGCUGUGCAUGCUCUGGCCCACUCUUUACACAAAAUGCAUCAACAGGCAUCAGACAUGCAACCAUCAGGACCUGGAGAGAAAGGCAUGAUUCUCCACUGGCAGGAGAUGCACUCCAUUCUCGAGAGCCUCCAAUUUACAAAUCCAGCUGGCGACCCUGUGUACUUAGAUGAGAAAAGAAAGCUGGCUGCAGCAUAUGACAUUGUCAACUUCUGGAAAUUUCCCCAAGGACUUGGCCAUACCCUGAAAGUGGGACACUUCUCCUACGAUCCACCAGGGCAACAGUUGUCUCUCUCUGUGAAGUUGAUGGAGUGGGCCAUGGGAAUCACACAGACCCCACAAUCCAUGUGCAGCUCCAGCUGUGGCCAUGGGUUCUGGAGGACCACCCGGGAGGGAGAGCCCACCUGCUGUUUCGACUGCACUCUCUGUCCAUACAGCAAGAUUGCCAAAGAGACUGAUAUGGACCAGUGUGUGACAUGUCCUGAUCACCAGUAUGCCAACGCAGAACAUGACCGAUACCUGGACAAGCAAGUGACCUCCCUGGACUUUCAUGAUUCCCUGGGGAUGGUCCUGGCAUGCAUGGCUCUGUCCCUGUCUGUGGUGAUAGCUGCCAUCUUGGGGAUCUUUGCGAAGCACCAAGACACUCCCAUCGUCAAGGCCAAAAAACACAACCUCAGCUACAUCCUGCUCAUCUCACUCCUCCUCUGCUUCCUCUGCUCCUUCCUCUUCAUUGGGCAUCCCAACACAGCUACCUGCCUCCUAAGACAAGUCACAUUUGCCCUUAUGUUCACACUGGCUGUUUCUGCCGUGCUGGCCAAAACCAUCACUGUGGUUCGCUUCAAGGUCAUGAAGCCUGGAAGGACCAUGAGGCGAUUGCUGGUUUCAGGAGCCCCUAACACUGUCAUUCCCAUCUGCUUCCUCAUCCAACUGACUCUCUGUGGCAUCUGGCUGGCAACAUCUCCUCCCUUUUUGGACAUAGAUGCACACUCUGAGCAUGAACACGUCAUCCUCUUGUGCAAUGAGGGCUCCAUCACUGCCUUCUCCUGUGUGCUGGGCUUCCUGUGCUCAUUGGCCCUGGGGACCUUCAUUGUGGAUUUCCUUGCCAGGAACAUGCCUGACACUUUCAAUGAAGCAAAAUUCCUGACAUUCAGCAUGCUGGUGUUCUGCAGUGUGUGGGUGACCUUCCUGCCUGUGUACCACAGCACCAAGGGAAAGGUCAUGGUGGCUGUGGAGGUGUUCUCCAUCAUGGUCUCCAGUGUGGGUCUCCUGGGCUGCAUCUUUGCCCCCACGUGCUACAUCAUUCUCAUAAAACCUGAAAUGAAUUCUUUUAACGUUUUUCAAAACACCAGAGGGUCUAAGAGAAACAGGAAGAUUGUCUGA